CGAACAGCACAAAACGGAAUACAAAAAACAAUUAUUUCUGUUAGUGUUAGGUAGCUUGGUGUGCUGAAAUGUACUUGGUUUAAAUUUAAUAUAAUUUAAAAAGUGUUAAUAUAAAAUAUAAAUAAAUUCAUAUAAAUAUUCUUGUGAUAAAUAAUUGUAAACACAAUAAGAAACAAUAUGGAAGCUGUGUAAAAACAAAAAGCAAAAUGGUUAAAAUAUUACAAGCAUACAAUUUUGCAAAGCAAAACACCUUUUCGCUGAAUGGAGAAAUCUUGGCAGCGUCACUUAUCGACUCGAAUAGGAUUGCCAUCAGCAGUGCUGAGCAAUUCAUUGAAAUAUAUGACAUAGGUGGAAAGCAGCGCUUCACCGAUAUUAUAAUCUCCGAAAAUGAAGUAAAGUCGGCAAUCCUGAAUAAUUCGGAUGCUUCAGCAGAUGAACGCGUACCGACAAAAUAUUCCUUACCAACCGUUGGAGAGGUAGUUAAUCUCAUUUACUGUGCAGCAGGCAAUUAUUUGCUGACAUUGGAAAAGGAAAAUGUCAGCAGCCCGGUGCAUUCAAACAGCACAAGUAUUAGUUGCACUAGUAGCAGUAAUAGUGCUACUGUGUUCUCUGAAGAAGAUACGAAAAUGUUCGUUCGCAUAUAUGCCAACUUCUUGAAGUUCGCUGAAGAAAAACUAAUUGAUAUGCCUAUCACUAUAAGAAUUGCUUCUAUGACAACACCGAAGGCACCAUUAGUUGAGAGCAUUGACGUUAUAGAGCUGCCAUUGCGAAGUCCUCCAGACUUAAUACAAUGUUGUCAAACAUCAGGAAAUAUAAUUGUGACCAGCAAAGAACGUAUCUAUUUGUAUGAAUAUACAAAAUGCACACAUGAAAGCACUCAGCCCCGAUUUUCCUAUAUAGAUUUCUUACCAUUUAAAUUUUUCGUUAAUUUGAAUUUUGCACCACUUAAGAUAAAUCUUGCUGAAAACGUAAUAGCCUGCAUGAAUAACCGGUAUUGCGUAGCGUUUAAAGUAGUCGAUGUACUUGGCAACAGCACAAAUAGUAGUCAACCAGCUGAGAAUGAUUUUGGCGUUUACGAAGCUGGAGAUAUUGAUGCAGACGAAGCCAUAUCCACUUCUGAGUCAAGUACAGUUAGCAAAGCAAGCGCAGCACCCUCAAGUCACAACAGUUUUGAAACGGAUUCCUUGGAAACGACAUCUAGUGGUAGAAUUGCUGGGGGUACUUCGGGUUUCCCUGGACGUACCCCAGUUGAUUUUAACGUGGCACGCAUUGUUAAUUCCGCAUGCGGACGUGAAUUCGAAGUUGACAUAAAAUCUCAGUGGGAACAGGGAGAAACACUUAGUGGUGGUGGCUCCUCAAUAGGUAUUCAUGAUACCCAGGAAAUUAUUAUAAUGCCAAUGCGGGCAAGUGAUAUUAAAAUUAAACUAGUAAACGAGGCGAAGGCAAUGAAUGUACAGCGCAUGUCAGCACACGGAAAUAUAUCUGCUUGCACUGACGACAACGCAGUGCAAUACGACAUACGCAAACUUUUACAAAUUUGCAUGAAAACUACAGAACCAAACAGUCGCAUAGUAGAUAUUCUACGUUGUAUAGAUCUUAAAGCAAUUUACCAGCGAAACCCUAAUGCAAAAGAUGAACCCGAAGAUUCGGAAUACGAAAUGGGAAAUCAACAGGUACCCAGCGCCGUUACUACCUCUAAACAUAUUAACAGACGUACGCUGAAAUCACAUAUCCAUCAGAGCUGUAUUGGUUACGCCCUUAUGGUAGCUAGCAGCGUUGAUGGAUAUUUGUAUCAAUUCUGCGCACAAGGAAAGUGGUACAAUGAGAACGAAAAACCCAUAGCCACUUACUCUUUCACCGCACCUGUUCUGAAGGUGCACAUAAAUGAUUACGUCAUAUAUGCUAUCACAAACGAAUCUGUGGAAACGCAUACAUCACGCGUAGGUCAUAAGCUCUUCAACAACCGGUUCGAAUAUCCAACAAUAAGUGGCCUCUUUCCCGAAGAAUCUAGUCCCGACGUGAACGCUGCUAUAACUGUUGUUGGCUUAUGCUCAUUUAUGCAUGUGCAGUUUGUGUGCGUCAAUCAUGACAAUAUGGUGUUAAUCAGCAAUAGUUCAUUUAAUGGGUCAGACAUCUCAAAUGCUGCGAAAAGACGCAGUGGCGGUGGAGAAGUGAAACGAAAUAUUGCAGCUCGUUUAAUUGCAGAGGCAAAAGCAAAGAAUAUUUUGCGUAGCAGUAGUUCAUCCCAACCUACCGCUGCCAUCAAUGAGUGGACACUUUACAACUUAGAGAUACCGCAAGUUGAAUACGUAGUAGAAGACUUGGAAACUAUUGCAGAGUCUUAUCGUUCCGCAAGUAGUUCGAACUUUUAUGAUUUGAUGGAAGAAGCUCAUGUAAUGCUACGUUUAAGCCUUUCUCUAAAGUAUGAACAGCUAAACGUUGAGCGUGAACAAAAUCUACGGGCCAAGUUUGUUGAUAAUUGCCGUAAAUUAGCAGACUUUUCAAUAAGAUCUCAUAAAAAAGAAGUCUAUUUACAAGCUACUGGCUUUUACAAAAUGUGUAAUUUGCAGUUAACUGAAAUCUAUGCUAAUUACAUAAACAAUUUUGGAUUGGAAAAUAGUGAUAGCGAUAAAGUUCAUUCCGCAAUCGAAAAUGCUUCAGCAAAUCAAGACCAAUUUAUAGGUCUUUUAUAUACUGUCAAACUCUUCUUACUCAGUUUAGGUACAGAUCGUUUAAAUGCUGCAUUUUUAAAUCAACUGGUGAAGCCAUAUUUUUCAACACAAAAACUUGCUGAAAAAGGAUAUAGCCAAGUUCCGUUAUCAUUGGAGUUUCUGAAUAUGUUUAUUAAGUACUCACAAAAUGAUAUACCACAAAUUAUGUUAAGAUCCCCCGUAGUGGCUGAUGCAAUUAGCGGCGAAUUGAUAAACUAUUUGAAAUACAUUAAUAACUUAAAUCCUGAAGAAAACCUUUUGUUAGCCGUAACAGCAUGUCGAAUGUCUAACUAUAUACUAGCAAAGGAGAUCAUAUCCAAAACGAAUCGUCGGGAAUUAGCUAUAGCAUUAAUAAAAUACAAAAAUGUGCUCUUUGAUGAUAGCACUGUGCUUUAUCAAAAACAACGUAGUGAUAACAAAUACCAGAAUGGAACACGUAGCAAUGGUUGCACUCACAAACAAACUCAAAGUCAUCGACAGCAGAAGCGAAAAUCUUCAUCUGGGUAUACAUACAAUUCAAUUGCACAAACAAACAAUGUUGUAUCGUUUUCCGACUUCACGGAGACAAUUUUACUAGCUACCGAAGAUCUACAUUUAAUAGAAGCAAUCAGUGAUGCAUUUAUACAUGCCUUAUGUAUCGAGCACAGUAUUACAUUGGAUGUCAUUCUUCAACUCUUCCUUAACUACAUAGCAUCGCAUAUUGGACACAAAGGAUACCAAACUUCACAAAAAGUUUUUGUUAAUAUAUUACAGGUUUACUACUAUGAUUUAUUCGAUGUAAAUCCCCUCAAUAAUCCACCAGAACCACAUUCUCAUACACCAGUGCAUAAUGACGAUAUUGACGAAGUUUCAUCAAAGGCGGCCUCACUAAAUAGCGAACGUGAUAAUGAGUCAUUAGCAAAUUCAUUAGGAGAAUCGAUAUCUGGAGCGAGCUCCUCAGCUGAGGAGCGUUUGACUCCCAAUAAACAUAAUCGUAUUGUGUACGAUCAGUUGCAAGAGCAUCAAUCACCGUAUAAGCACUGUUCUUCUAGUUCCCUAAAUAAUGCAGAAGAAGCACAUCUCUCGGCUGAUGAUAUUAAAAUAAAUCUUAAAGGGCUAAAAAUAUUAUUCCGUAUGUAUCUUGGGCGUUUAAAAGCAUUAAGUGACCUGAUGACUGAAUUGCAGUCAGCUGACAUGGAACAAGAAGCACAAAAUGAAGAUUUUCUCAAUUUACGCAUGGAGUGCAUUAAGUUUAUGAUGCGGCAUUUGCAAGAAAUGCGAGCACAACACGAACAACAGUCACGACUAAAUAUUGAAAAAUCGCAAUACUUUUAUGGAAAGGCAAACAUGAACUCAUCAACGGCAAACGCUAACUUUUCAAAUAACGAAAAGAAAUUCAUAUUUGUGCCAUACAUACCAGACUAUAAACUACCACCCGGGGAAUUUGCAACUCAUGUGAAGUUUUAUAUAAGGCCCAUACCAUGUUUACUAGAGAGACCACAGUAUCUAAAUCGUUUACCACCAUUUAAGCGUACAGAUUUCAGUUUUCCCAAUAAAGACGAUGGCGAAUUCGAAGUUCGUUUCCUUGGUUGGCAAAAUGAGCUGUUGACAUUGACACUAAAAAUUCAAUCACUACUUGCUUUUAGCAAAAUCGAUCGCGAAAUAAUAGAGGAAUUCAUUGCUUUUAUACAGAAGACACCAAACCUCAUUGGAAUCGACAGUUUUCUUGUUAUAAUAUUACCAAAGAACUUAGCUAUUAAUUACAUGCUAAACUUUUGCCCAGAAUAUUUAUGGCAGUAUGGGAAGUCAAAUGGUUUCAGUCCAAAACAUUGGGAAAAUUUACUUAGAAAAAUCUUGGGUAAACAAGACUUAUUACCCAAUUGGAAAGAACACAUAACUGAAAUUCUUAACAACUUAGUUGCGGAAUUGUCUUUUGAAGAAUUACUACAAUGUUUUCCCAGUGAAGUAAUUCAAAGUCAUAGUACAGGUACUGCAUUCAAGGAAAACUCGUUAAAGGAAUCUCAUAUUGGUGCAGAUGCUGCUGUGGAUGAUACAGCUUCCAAAACAAAAAUACUUCGUAACCAUUUUCCUAUGGACAAUAUUGACGAAAAUAAUGUCUUCGAAUUAACUUUACGUAAGGCCGUUUCAAAGCAGCGCAGCAUUGCACUUCGUUCAAUGAUCGAAACAACUGGAACGCAAUUAUUUGACGCCACGAGUAAUCCAAUGUACAAUAUCUAAAUAUUGGACAUCCAAUGUGAGAAAAGUGUUUAAUAGUUUUAUAAGUCGAAACUCCGUUUUUAUUUUUUAUAGUAAUUAGAAGAUUAUUUAGACAACGUUUUUAAUACAAAUUAUAACACGAAAUAGUAGUUCAACCUUACUAAAAUACUCAGUAUACUGACCUGUUAUCCAAUAUACAUAGGAUAUUCAUAUAUAUUCAAAUUUUAAGUAUUAUAUGCAACAUAUAAG